CAGUUUCAUAGAUAUAGGCGUUGUAGAAGUAAGCUCGUCUUCGGUCGGUCGAAGUAUUAUAUCGUUCAUUGAUGACGGCUACUAAUGCAUUGAUUAAUCGAGAUUUGGAGCCGUUUCACCCCGUUUACGCCUCCUAAACUAGUGAUAGUACGCGGUGUCGGGUCUUGUUUCUAAAGUGUAAAGAAAAGGCUUAAAACUGGUGUUCGACAAGUCACUUGGCAAUAUGCCUGCCGUAAGGGGUGAUGGAAUGCGAGGACUCGCAGUCUUCAUAUCGGAUAUAAGAAACUGUAAAAGUAAAGAAGCAGAAAUAAAAAGAAUCAAUAAGGAACUGGCAAACAUAAGAAGUAAGUUUAAAGGCGACAAAACUCUCGAUGGAUAUCAAAAAAAGAAGUAUGUCUGCAAACUGUUAUUCAUCUUCUUGCUGGGUCACGACAUCGACUUCGGACACAUGGAGGCGGUCAAUCUAUUGUCUUCCAACAAGUAUUCCGAAAAGCAGAUCGGGUAUCUGUUUAUCUCCGUGUUGGUCAACACCAACAGUGAUCUGAUCAAGCUCAUCAUUCAGAGCAUCAAGAACGACUUGCAGUCGCGCAACCCCAUCCAUGUCAACCUCGCCCUCCAGUGCAUCGCCAACAUCGGCAGCAAAGACAUGGCGGAAGCUUUCUGCACAGAGAUUCCGAAACUUCUUGUCUCAGGAGACACAAUGGAUGUUGUGAAACAGUCAGCUGCUCUCUGCCUACUCAGACUCUUCCGUAAGUCUCCUGAAAUCAUUCCUGGGGGUGAAUGGACUUCUAGAAUAAUCCACUUGCUAAAUGAUCCCCACAUGGGUGUCGUAACCGCAGCCACAUCUCUUAUAGAUGCUUUGGUAAAGAAAAAUCCAGAAGAAUACAAGGGGUGUGUUACCCUGGCAGUGGCUAGGCUCAGCCGCAUUGUGACUGCCAGUUACACUGACUUACAAGACUACACAUAUUACUUUGUACCUGCACCAUGGCUCUCUGUUAAACUUUUAAGAUUGUUACAAAACUACACUCCACCUUCAGAGGAGCCUGGGGUCAGAGGUCGCCUUUCAGAAUGCCUAGAAACUAUCUUCAACAAGGCCCAGGAACCACCAAAGUCCAAAAAAGUCCAGCACUCAAAUGCUAAGAAUGCUGUUUUAUUUGAAGCUAUCAGUCUCAUCAUUCACAAUGACAGUGAGCCUAACUUGCUGGUGAGAGCAUGCAACCAGCUGGGACAGUUUCUCAGCAACCGUGAAACUAAUUUACGUUACCUGGCAUUGGAAUCCAUGUGCCAUCUUGCAACUUCUGAGUUUUCACAUGAGGCAGUAAAGAAACACCAAGAAGUUGUGAUCCUUUCAAUGAAGAUGGAAAAAGAUGUCUCAGUUAGGCAGCAGGCUGUUGAUUUACUGUAUGCUAUGUGUGACAAAACAAAUGCCGAAGAGAUUGUUCAAGAAAUGUUGGCAUACUUGGAGACUGCCGACUACUCCAUUCGGGAAGAGAUGGUGCUGAAAGUUGCCAUAUUAGCAGAAAAGUAUGCAACUGAUUUUACUUGGUAUGUUGAUGUGAUUCUUAAUCUUAUAAGAAUUGCUGGAGACUAUGUAUCUGAAGAGGUAUGGUACAGAGUAAUUCAGAUUGUCAUUAACAGAGAGGAAGUCCAAGGCUAUGCAGCUAAGACUGUGUUUGAAGCCCUACAGGCACCCACAUGCCAUGAAAACAUGGUUAAAGUUGGAGGUUAUAUUCUUGGUGAAUUUGGCAAUCUGAUUGCUGGUGACACACGGUCUUCGCCUUUGGUCCAAUUUGAAUUGCUCCACUCUAAAUAUCAUCUGUGUUCUGCUGCUACUAGAGCACUAUUACUUUCUACAUACAUCAAACUUGUCAACCUGUUCCCGGAGAUCAAAAAUCGUGUCCAAGAAGUAUUCAGAGCUGACUCCAACCUACGUUCUGCAGAUGUUGAGCUACAGCAACGAGCAUCUGAAUAUUUGCAGUUGAGUAUAGUGGCUAGUUCAGAUGUAUUGGCUACAGUAUUGGAAGAAAUGCCUGCAUUCCCUGAAAGAGAAUCCUCUAUCUUAGCAGUGCUCAAAAAGAAAAAGCCAGGCCGCAUUCCUGAUACUUCUGAUAUGAGAGAAUCUAAGAGCCCUCAACCUUCAUCAGCAGCUGCACCAGCUGUCAACUCCACAAACAACACUAAUGCGUCAAGUGCAGAUCUCUUGGGAUUGUCCACACCACCCGGUACAGCUGCCCCCACUGCAGGCAAUGGAUUGCUUGAUGUCCUUGGAGAUCUCUACACCACUCCUAAAAUUAGUCCAAGCAAUGCUGCGCAAAAUAAUAUCAAAAAGUUCUUAUUUAAAAAUAAUGGUGUUCUCUUUGAGAAUGAAUUGAUUCAAAUUGGAGUCAAGAGUGAAUUUAGACAGAAUCUAGGCAGAAUUGGCCUGUUUUAUGGCAACAAGACACAAUUUCCAAUUCAAAGUGUCAAUCCUGAACUGCACUGGACUGAUAUGCAUAAAUUAAAUGUUCAGAUGAAGCCUAUGGAACCAGUUUUGGAGGCAGGAGCUCAGAUCCAACAAAUGUUAACUGCAGAGUGCAUCGAAGACUAUCUGGACACUCCAAGCAUGUCUGUUUCCUUUAUCUACAACAAUGUGCCACAAAAAAUUACAAUGAAGCUUCCUUUGACAUUGAACAAAUUCUUUGAACCUACUGAGAUGAAUGGUGAAUCUUUCUUCGCAAGGUGGAAGAAUUUGGGAGGAGAGCAGCAAAGGGCACAAAAAAUCUUUAAAGCUCAAGGGGCAAUAGAUAUUGCAGCUACUCGCACCAAACUGGCUGGCUUUGGGAUGCAACUGCUGGAUGGCAUUGACCCCAAUCCUGAUAAUUUUGUAUGUGCUGGCAUCGUGCAUACCAGAGUCCAACAAGUAGGAUGUCUUAUGAGAUUGGAACCUAAUAAACAAGCUCAUAUGUUCAGACUUACAGUAAGAUCUAGUAAGGAGACAGUCUCACAAGAAAUUUGCGAUUUACUGGCAGACCAGUUUUAAUGAUAAAUAAAAUAAAUUUACGAAUACGAACAACAUUGUUAUUGGCAAUGUUAAUUGCUGUUAGGUUCACAGUUGCAGAAAAUUCACAAAUGCUAUAUGUUAUAAUGAAGCAAGAAGCAUGUUAAAAAGUCACUUGUGAACAUUGCACUGAUUCAGUAGGAAUUUGUUAUAACUCACAUACAUUUUGAGAUGACUUUUACUUACUAACUGACAAGAUAGGCUUUGUGGUUUGAAAAAGAUAAAAAUUUGUUUGAGUUAACUCAUACACUAUAGGGAUCAUAUUUUCGAGUAGUCCAUUACUAUAGUCCUAUAUAUUAUAUGUAUCUAUUCAACAAUCUUUCUUGUAAAUCAGAUUCCAUUGAUAGAUAAAUAAUAUCAUUUGAUGGGCUAUUGUAUUAUUUAAUUUAUGAAGUUAAGUAAAACUUACUGACAAGUAAGUUUAGACUUAAAUUGAAUAUAUUUUUAUUUAGACCAUAAUAGGUUUUUGGAUUUUUUAUGUUACUCUGUACAAUUCAUAUGUGGUACAGCGCAUAAUUAUAAUCAUUUAUUUGUACAUAGAUUUUUUAUAAGUUGUGGCCAAAUUUUGGCUAAGUGUUGGAUGUACAUUUGUUUCUCAUAUUCAUUGAAAAUAAUGUAUUGUAUUAAUAUUUAAUCUAAAUUCAGGUGUAAUGAGAUAUGAUAAAAUGUAUAACAUGAUCAUACCAAAGUUAAAUGUUUCGGCUGUUAUGUGGCAUGAUAAUUUAUAUUAUGUAAUCAUUCGGUUGGUUUAUCUAAAGUAUUUGCCACAUGAAUAUAAAUUCUGGGUGUGAUCUGUUAGCCUAUAAUGAAAACUUAUCAUCAUUCAAGUUAAAUACGUAUUUAUAAUUUCGGAAAAACAAUCCAUUUGGGUGGUACUUA